GGCGUGUGAGCAAAAUGUACCCAGACCCACCGCCUUUUCCACGGUGGCUACUCGCUUUUUGGUACUGUGCAUCCUUCGUUUCCUUGUAGCAUCUUUAUCAGAUCAAAUAUUUCGAGGUCCAGGCGCACUCUUUUUGCCUAUUGAAGGAUCCCGCGGACGUAUUUCGAUUCCUAGCACUGUACUACAGCGGCAUUGAGUUGCCCUUUGUCGGUGAAAUUGAUGGUCGCGAUUGCAUACUAGCAAUUUGAUCAUAGGGCAUAACGAUAUCUGCCAGAUCUUACUUCCAAUUCUCCAGGUUGAGUCCAUCAUGGGAGGCUUCAUUCAGAAACUCGGAGGCUACCCACGCCUAUUGCUUGCAGGCAAUCCUACAGCACGCGACAUUGGGACAUUAUUACUCGGUAUCAUAAGCUCAAUCGCAGCUGGUGUUCCAUUCCCUAUCAUUGGUAUCUUGUUCGGUCAACUUCUGGAUGAUUUCAACGCGGCGACUUGCGAUCAAGCCACAGAUGCUGGAGACGGUGACCAAGGAAGCAUCAACAGCACGAUUCUGAUUAUCUUCUACCUGGCCAUCGCCCAAUUUGUCUGCAUCUACGUUCAUCUUACUUGCUGGACUCUCAAUGGUGCUCGUCUUGCACAAAGACUCCGCGAGAGCUACCUCCAAAAUUUGCUCAGACAGGAGCCAUCAUUCUUCGACAACCUGCCUCCAGGAGAAGUUGCAUCCAGACUUCAUGGAGAUAUCCAAACUAUUCGUUCCGGAACCGCCGAAAAGGUCGGCAUUUGUCUUUCCAGUGCAUCUUUCUUUGUCACUGCAUAUAUUGUCGCAUUCAUCAAGGACUGGAAACUGGCGGCAGAAUUGCUUUCUCUGAUCCCCGCUUACUUCAUCAUGUCCAUUGUUGGAAGCCACUAUAUCGAGAAAUACUCUGGCAUGGUUUCUGAUUACGCCGCAUCCGCUGCAUCAAUUGCUUCCGAAGCUCUCAACAACAUUAUGGUCGUCCAAGCCUUCGGCGCCAACGCUCGUCUGGAGAAGAAGUUCUCCGAUGCUCUCAGAGCUUCUGAACACGAGGGUAUCAAGAAGGCCACUGCCGUUGGUAUUCAAAGUGGUGUUCUGUACUUCGUUGCCUACGCUGCCAAUGGUCUGGCUUUCUGGCAAGGAAGCAAGCGUAUUGCAGACUCGGUAGAAGGAAAGUCUGGAGGCACCACCGUCGGUGCUACUUUCACUGUCAUUUUCAUCUUGAUCGAGGCUACAUUGCUUCUCAGUCAGGUUGCGCCAUUUGUCCACCUAUUCUCAGCCGCCGUAGGCUCUUUCAACAAGCUUCGCGAAGACAUCGACCGCGAGCCCUUGAUCGACGGACACACCAAGUCAGGCCUCGCACUUCCCCAAGCAGGAGUUGGAUUCGAGUUCAAGGACGUUUCAUUCAAGUACCCUUCAAGACCUGAAAUCACUGUUCUGGACAAGAUCAGUCUCUCCAUUCCUGCCAUUAAGCACACAGCACUGGUCGGUCUAUCCGGUAGUGGCAAGUCCACUAUUGCUGGUCUAGUCAGCAGGCUCUACGACCCUACUGAAGGACAAAUCACUUUCGAUGGACAAGACGUUCGCACACUCAACGCCCGCGACUUGAGAAGUUUUAUGAGUUUGGUGCAGCAAGAACCUUCGCUUCUCGAUCGUUCUCUUCUUGAAAACAUCGCACAUGGUCUUAUCAACUCCAGCGAUCCCGAACAUGCUCAAUUCAAGGAUAUCCUGCUUGGCUCUGACCUUGCAGAAGUAGCUGCGGACAUCCGUACAGGUACCGAUCUGAUGGCUGCUGCAGAGAAGCGCGGUCCCAUUGUCGUCGAAAUUGCUAUCCUCGCCAAGAGAGCUGCCACACUAGCAGAUGCCGACCAAUUCAUCGUUGCACUGCAGCAGGGCUAUGGCACCAUUGUCGGUUCAAGUGGUCGUCUUAUCAGUGGUGGUCAAAAACAGCGUAUUGCUCUUGCUAGAGCUCUCGUUAAGAAUCCUGCCGUACUUAUCCUCGACGAAGCCACUGCCUCCCUCGACUCGAGAAGUGAGCAACGUAUCCAGCGUGCUAUCAACAGUAUCACCAGCGGAAGAACAGUCAUCACUAUUGCCCAUCGUUUGGCUACUAUUACUGCUGCUGAUAACAUCAUUUGUAUGCACAAAGGACAUAUUCUCGAACAAGGCACUCACUCAGAGUUGAUGGCCCUCAGCGGUACUUACGCCAACAUGGUCAAGAUGCAGACUCUUGGAAACAUGUCUGAGACGAAUAACGCACCUGCUGGUACUGACAGCAUCAGUGUUUCCGAUCGUACAUCAUCCGACGACAUCGAGAAGAAGAGCUUGUACGAAGACAACAUCAACGCUGAGAAGGACGAACUAUCAGCGACGGAGACACCCGUAAGAGCAUCCGGGGAGGAAGAAGAGGAAGAGGAAGAACUCCCUGUUCCUCCCAAGUCUCUUUGGGACCUGGCAAAGGGCUAUGGACCUGCAUUGAGGCCACACCUUCUCUACAUCCUCGUCGCUUUCAUUGGUUCUGUCUGUGUCGGCGGUGCUUUCUCAGGUGAAGCCGUCAUCUUCGGUAACACCGUCGGUAGUCUAAACCCUUGCCACAGUCCUAGCAGAAUCCGCAACCGUGGUGACUUCUACGGUCUUAUGUUCUUCAUCCUCGCCAUCAUCGAGUUCUUUGCCAAUCUGGUCAGUUGGACUGGAUUUGGAUGGGUCUCGGAGAAGGUUGUAUACACUGUCAGAGUUCUGUCAUUCAGAUCUUUGUUCGAGCAAGACCUACAGUGGCAUCAGUCCGAGGGUCGCACACCUGCUCUGCUUCUCUCAUACAUUACCAGAGAUGGAAAUGCUUUGGCUGGCUUCAGCGGCUCUGUGGUCGGCACGCUGUUCUCCAUCACUGUUAAUCUAAUCGCCGCCAUUAUCCUCACUCACAUUAUCGCUUGGAGAAUUGCCUUGGUCUGCUUGUCUCUGGUACCACUGCUUCUUGGUGCUGGUCUAAUGGAGCUCCGCAUCCUCGGCAAGUUCGAAGAGAAAUACGAGACGGCAUACACCAAGUCAGUCGACAUCGGUGUGGAAGCCAUCACAUCUAUCAAGACCAUUGCAUCUUUCUCUCUUGAGGACGAGAUUUUGCGAACAUACAGACGCUCUCUCAAGGGUCCUCGCAAAGAUACUCUCAGCGUAACACUGCAAGCCAGUCUUUGCCAGGCCAUAACCUACUUCCUGGGUAACUGCGUCAAUGCCCUUGCCUACUGGUGGGGCUCCAAGCAGAUUCUCAACGGCAACUACACCCAGACUCAAUUCCUGAUUGUUGUCUUCUCUCUUCUUGUCGGUGCAUUGCUGUGGUCGCAAAUGUUUGCACUGGCUCCUGAAAUCUCGGCAGCUCGCAAUGCGAUGGCAAGAAUCCUGAGCUUGAUACAGAUCGGCAAGGACAAGAUGGCCGGUCAUGUUCGCCCUCUUGACAUGUCUUUGGAAGGCAACAAUAUCGAGGCUAUGGCUGAGACCAAGACUUCGCACAUGUCUAACAACAAGGCCUCCAGCGUCCAGAUGCGUGAUGUCCACUUCUCAUACCCAGCUCGACCUGAUGUCAAGGUCAUGAACGGUCUCAACAUUGACAUCAAGCCUGGACAAUUUGCUGCCCUUGUUGGUCCUAGUGGUGCUGGCAAGUCGACUGUCAUCUCUCUUGUUGAGCGUCUCUACGUACCUCAAUCAGGAUCGGUGAUUAUUGACGGCCUUGACGUAACGAAGACUCGCGAUACAUCUUUCCGUGACAGUAUUGCGUUGGUACCUCAAGAGAGUGUGUUGUUCGAGGGAAGUGUCGAAUUCAACAUCGGUCUUGGUGCUCGUCCUGGCCACACUGUUAGCAAGGAGGAGAUUAUCGAGGCUUGCAAGCUUGCCAAUGUUCACGAGGUCAUUGCUGCCUUGCCUGAAGGCUACGAUACACUUUGUGGACCUAACGGCAGUCAGUUCUCUGGCGGCCAGAAGCAGCGUCUGUCCAUCGCACGCGCUUUGGUCAGAAACCCGAAGCUGCUAAUCUUAGAUGAGAGCACCAGUGCUCUUGACGCCGAGAGCGAGCGACUGUUGCAGGAAGGCUUGGACAAGACAAAGGCAAAGGGCAUCACAGUCAUUGCCAUUGCCCAUCGUCUGCACACCAUCAAGAAGGCGAACGUCAUCUUCUUGAUCGAGGCCGGAAGAUGUGUUGACAGUGGCUCCCAUGAAGAGUUGUUGGAGAGAAGUCUAGAUUACCGCGAGUCGGUUAUGCAUCAGACAGUCGCGACUGAUUAGAUAGAUACCCCGAGAUAGAUCUCAAAAAGUUUGUACAUAUUUGUUCCC